AUGUUUCGGACGGCACAGCGGAAUUGGGAAUAUGGGUACGCAGGCAAGGACGAGCCUUCAGUAGACGAAAUUGCCGUAGUCGAGGACUUUGGGUGUGCUCAAUGGGGAUCCAUUCAACCAGGCUCCAUUACUAUGGACUCGGUACUCAGGAUGGCACAACCAAACAUCUCGCUUUGCUAUUCAAACGAUGAUAGCAACCCCUCUUUCGGGGGCCUAUUUAGUCAAGAUAUCAACUUGAAGGUCGCUAGACUCCAGGUCAGUCCCAGAAAGCGCCGACCGGAACGCAAAGAUCCUACAUUGGGAGUCGAUGAAGAAGAAGAAGUGGUGGGCCAAGUCAAGGCCAUUUGCUUGCAGAAAAAUAGAUAA